CAGAUGAGGCUGUGCAGAGUCCCUCGCUCUUGAACGUGUUGCCGUCGUUGAGAUUUGGAGAGUUUUGUCUUCGUUUGCUUGUUCGUCUGCCUUCGGGUUCUGCCUGAGUUUUGGCUUGAUUUUUCUGGAGCAGAAACGAUGGCUUUCUUUAUGAAAACUAUGAUCAGCAACCAGGUAAAGAACUUAGGAUUUGGUGGCGGGUCUGAAGAAAAGAAAGAAGAAGGAGGGACCUCUGAUCCUGCAGCAGCUCAAGGCAUGACUAGAGAGGAAUAUGAGGAGUACCAAAAGCAAAUGAUUGAGGAGAAGAUGGAAAGAGAUGCCGCAUUCACACAAAAAAAGGCAGAGAGGGCAUGCCUCAGAGUCCAUCUCAGAGAAAAGUACAGGCUCCCAAAGAGUGAAACGGAUGAGAACCAAAUCCAGAUGGCUGGAGAUGACGUGGAUUUGCCCGAAGAUCUCCGGAAAAUGGUAGACGAAGACCAGGAGGAGGAAGAGGACAAGGAUUCGAUUCUCGGGCAGCUCCAGAAUCUCCAGAACAUGGACUUGGACACCAUAAAAGAAAAAGCCCAGGCCACCUUCACGGAAAUGAGGCAGACGGCAGAGCAGAAGUGUUCUGUGAUGUAAGGGGCGAGGCAGGGGACGGGAGGGACCCGGGUCGAGGGGGCGGUGACCACUGUCCUAUGGAGCGUUUGGAGAACAUAUACUUACGUGUAGCACAGAAAAAUCCAUGUCGAUACACUCUCCACAGACCCAUAGACAACAACUCGAUGUUCUGAAUGUUCCCUGUAGAGCGCUUAGCUAGCACCUUCCAGGAGGGAACAUACUUUCCUUUUAAGUUAUAACGUGUGGCCCAGGGUGGCGUUUCAUCCGUGAGCGACGCCGAACACAGAUCUGCUUAAAGGUCUUUGGGACGGCCAGGAGGAAACAACGCAAAUGGCACUUCCCCUCCUCUUUCCUUUCUUAGAGGGGAGGGUCUCGCCCUCUCCCACCACUGGCAUGGCUCCAGGCCCCUCGGGAAAAGGUGUGGGAGGUCAGGGAGCCCCUGGGAUCCCAGGCUUCAGGCUCAGGAGCAAGCAAAGACCUCGUAACCUCUCACUCCCGGGCAGCCGGACACCGUUGAUGCUCCCCAUCGACUUUGGCCUUUGGACACUUCAAGGCCAAGGGGCAGUGGCAGGGAUGAAAUGAGACAGGAGGGUGGAGAAUAGACUUCACCAGCCCUUUGCAUCAUUCUACAGGCCACGUGAAGAAUGGACUUGAGGGGGUGACGUGAGAGGCAGGGGGGCAACUGGGAAGGCUGUGGCCAUUUCCACAUUCACCAUCAUCACCCUUUGCCUGAACUUGGUGAUGUCAUGGGAACAAAGUGGUGGAUGAAU